GCCUGUUUCAUGGUGAUAAGCAGACUGGAAUUUGCUGUUAAUGGGAGCUUUUACUUCUACUUUCUCCUGUCAUGUUAUUUUUCUUUGUGUAGACGUUUUGCUGAACAACAAAGUCUUUGAGACUGGAUGUGACAUAAGCAGCUGAACUACGUCACUGCUGUUGAGAGCAGAUCUCCCUGCAGGGGGCGCACUGCUAUGAAACGUUCUGAGGACAUGGAGGAGGGAGUCCCUCCUAAAAUCUCUCGAUAUGGGGAACACGAAGCUCAGAGAGAUCAGCAGGAGGGCACAGAGGCUCACAGUGAUCAGUCAGUCCAGCAGCAUCAAGCUGACCUGGACUCAACAUUUAAGCCACUGGAGAAGAACAUUCUCAUCUUUGUGAAUAAUGAGCUGAACAGAGUCCAGAAGAUUCUGAGCCCAAGUUACCCAGCAGGCUUGGAGAGUCAGAGUGAGGUUGAGGAGGUUUUGGAGGAGGAAGAUGAAGAGCAGAAACCCAGCAGAGAUGCUUUUAUGAAGAUCACACUGGACUUUCUUGGGAGAAUGAAACAGAAGGAGCUGGCUGACCGUCUGCGAGGCAGAACUUAUGAUGCAGUGUGCCAACAUCAACUAAAGUCUAGCCUGAGGGAGAAGUUCCAGUGUGUGUUAGAAGGUCUUGCUAAAGCAGGAAAUCAAACCCUUUUAAAUCAGAUCUACACAGAGCUCUACAUUACUGAGGGGACUGGAGAAGUAAACGAUGAACACGAGGUCAGACAAAUCGAAACAACAUCCAGGAAACUGCACCGACCAGAUAAGGCAAUCAGUUGUGAAGAAAUCUUUAAAGUCUUACCUGGAGGAGAUGAACCAGCCAGAACAGUGAUGACAAAGGGCGUGGCUGGCAUUGGGAAAACAGUCUUAACACAGAAGUUUACUCUGGACUGGGCUGAAGGCAAAGCCAACCAGGACAUCCAGUUCACAUUUCCAUUCACUUUCAGAGAGCUGAAUGUGCUGAAAGAGAAAAAGUUCAGCUUGGUUGAACUUCUUCAUUGUUUCUUUAUUGAAACCAAAGAAUCAGGAAUCUGCAGGUUUGAAGAAUUCCAGGUUUUGUUCAUCUUUGAUGGUCUGGAUGAGUGUCGACUCCCUCUGGACUUCCACAACAAUGAGAUCCUGACUGAUGUUACCCGGUCGGUACCAGUGGAUGUGCUGCUGACAAACCUCAUCAGGGGAAAACUGCUUCCAUCUGCUCGUCUCUGGAUAACCACAAGACCUGCAGCAGCCAGUCAGAUCCCUCCUGAGUGUGUUGACAUGGUGACAGAGGUCAGAGGGUUCACUGACCCACACAAGGUGGAGUACUUCAGGAAGAAAUUCACUGAUGAGGAUCAGGCCGACAGAAUCAUCUCUCACAUCAAAACAUCUAGAAGCCUCCACAUCAUGUGCCACAUCCCGGUCUUCUGCUGGAUCACUGCUACAGUUCUGGAGGAUGAGUUGAAGACCAGAGAGGGAGGAGAGCUGCCCAGGACCCUGACUGAGAUGUACAUCCACUUCCUGGUGGUUCAGUCCAAACUGAAGAGCAUCAAGUAUGAUGGAGGAGCUGAGAUUGAUCCACACUGGAAUCCAGAGACCAGGAAGACGAUCGAGUCUCUGGGUAAGCUGGCUUUUGAGCAGCUGCAGAAAGGGAACCUGAUCUUCUAUGAACCAGACCUUAUGGACUGUGGCAUCGAUAUCAGAGCAGCCUCAGUGUACUCAGGAGUGUUCACACAGAUCUUUAUAGAAGACAGAGGAGUCUACCCAGACAAGGUGUUCAGCUUCAUCCAUCUGAGUGUUCAGGAGUUUCUGGCUGCUUUUCAUGUUCACCUGACCUUCCUCAGUACUGGAGUCAAUCUGAUGGCAGAAGAACAAACAACCUCACUGAUGUCAAGAAACUCUAGACCUGCAGAGACAAGUCUCUACCAAAACGCUGUGGACAAGGCCUUACAGAGUCCAAAUGGACACCUGGACCUGUUCCUCCGCUUCCUCCUUGGUCUUUCACUAGAGACCAGUCAGAAUCUCCUACGAGGUCUGCUUUAUGAUACAGGAAGUUCAGUGCCAUCAGAAUCAGGAAGUAGCUCACAGACCAAAACAGAAACCGUCCAGUACAUCAAGACAAAACUCAGUGAGAAUCUGUCUAUAGAGAAAAGCAUCAAUCUGUUCCACUGUCUGAAUGAACUGAAUGAAUGUUUUCUAGUGGAGGAUAUCCAGUGGUCAUUGAGAUAUGGGGGUCUCUCUCCUGAUAAACUGUCUCCUGCUCAGUGGUCAGCUCUGGUCUUCAUCUUACUGUCAUCAGAAAAUGACCUGGAUGUGUUUGACCUGAAGAAAUACUCUGCUUCAGAGGAGGCUCUUCUGAAGCUACUGCCAGUGAUCAAAGCCUCCAACAAAGCUCUGCUGAGUGGCUGUAGUCUCUCAAAGAAAAGCUGUGAAGCUCUGUCCACAGUCCUCAGCUCUCAGUCCUGUAGUCUGAGAGAACUGGACCUGAGCGACAACAACCUGCAGAAUACAGGAGCAAAGUUUCUGUCCUAUGGACUGAGGAGUCCACACUGCAGACUACUAGUUUUAAGGCUUAGUGGCUGUAACCUCUCAGAGAAAAGCUGUGGAGCUCUUUCCUUUGCCAUCAGCUUCCGGUUCUCUCAUCUAAGAGAACUGGACCUGAGUGACAACAGCCUGCAGGAUUCAGGAGUUAGGCUACUUUCUGAUGGACUGAAGAUAAAGUACUUCACACUGGAAACACUCAGUUUGUCAGGCUGUCUGAUCACAGAGGAAGGCUGUGCAUCUCUGGCCUCAGCUCUGAGCUCCUGUCAUCUAAAAAAGCUGGAUUUGAGCUACAAUCAUCCCGGAGAAAAAGGAAAGGCGCUGCUGUCGGCUCUACGUGACGAUCCACACUGCAGACUAGAGACACUGAGUGUCCUACAAACAUCCAUUUCAUCCAGGCAGAUCUGACUGCCACUUGAUGUAACCCUGAAUUCAGCCAGUUUAUCAGUAAACAUGAAUCAAAUCCCAGGUAAAACUAAUUUAACUCAUCUGCAAGGACAGAGUCAGACUUAUCAAGAUUGAAACCACCUCAUUUUUUGUCCUGAAUGUCCACAUGGACUUAAUUCCUAUCCAUGCACUGUGAGAAUUGCCACUCAUAUGUUCAGCCUCUACCUUAUCUCAUUCUCAUUUUGGCCUGCUUUAUCCCCUUUUCACAAAUUUUUGAGCCACUUUAUAUUGAUUUAUAUCACCCCGGUGAAAAGCUAAUUUUUUUCUAAUUUAAAGCAGGCUUCAGUGACUUACUAACCCAUGGUUUGUUAUUCGGAUACAGUAGGAUAGUCAUCCUGGGAAUAAUCAUGUUUUCACAGAAGGCUGACAUAGCUUGACACAGUGGAAGUUAAUUCAUCCAAGUCACCACAAAAAUCCUUGAAGACUUCCCAGUCAGUACAAUCCCUACAUGGUAAAUGUCAGUCAUGGCCUGAUCUCUUGUACAUAAUAGCAUGUCUCCUUGUCAUCCUGCCACAUACUGUUGAGUAGUACUAACUCGUAGUUCAACAAUUCAGUAUUACAGAUCUGAUGACACUCUGGUGAGGAUGUACGUAGCCCUUCUGCUGUGCUGUAGUACACUGCACCAUUUACCAACACCUGGCAGUGGCUUCACACCUGCAGUUGCAACACAUCCGACAUACACCAGGUGUGAGGGCCCUUCAGUGCUUCUUGCAGCCGUAGUCUGUUCUUAAUUUCUGUAGAUGGCCCCAUGGUGUGUUGCUUUUUGAGAUCAUUUAGGCUACUUCACUUUGUCAUACAGGUUCUAUUUAAGGGAUGUCUGGAUUCAACAAGACCUGCUGUCAUCAGGCCUGGAUGUGUAUAGGGAAAUUGAACUCAAUGUUCCAAAAAUAUGGUGAAUCACAGUUAAUUUGUGAUUUAACAACUAGGGCCUGGUAGGUUUGGAGAACUCAAAAAAUGAAAUUGGCAUUUAAAAACAGACUAUUGUAUGUGCCGAGGCUAUCUUUGCCUUAUCUUAAAAACUGUUUGAUCUGCUGAAACAUUUAAGAAAAAUAUACAAAAAGAAAAUCAGGAAGGGUUAAGCACUACAUAUGUAACAGAGUGGAUGGAUAGUCCCUUCACUAAAAGAACCAUGGUUACAUGCUGUAGCCUUAUAUUAUCAACAGGAAGAUCUGUG